AUGGAAGAGUGGAAAGAUUAUUCAAAAUCAUUGGAGUUGUAUGAAAGAAUUGAAAAAUUACAUAAAGAACAUAUUGAUGAGAUAAAUAAAUUAAAAAAUUCCAAUAAUAAUGAAACAAAAGAUUGUGAUACAUACAUAAACAAUGAAAAUCAGUUAGGAAAUUAUAAAAAAAAUCGUGAUAUUAUAAAACCUAGUAUGUAUAACUAUGAUAUAAUGAAUUAUUAUAAAGAUGAAUUAAUAUUAAAAAAAAAAAUUAUAGAACUAUCUGAAGAUAUUAUUACAGCAAUAGAUCAUAUUUAUGAUAUGCUUCGUCUUUGUAAAGAUAAUGUAUUUUUAUCAUUUAAUGGAGGAAAAGACGCUGUUGUUAUUUUACAUUUAUUUCGAUGUGCAUAUGCAAAAUAUUUAUAUGAUAUAAAAGGAAAAAUAAUAAAACCCAAAUUAAUUUAUUUUAAGGAUAAUGAAAACGAAUUUCCUGAAGUUUAUCAAUUUUUAAAUGAAUGUGUAUAUAUAUAUGAUUUUGAUAUAAAUGUUAUUAAUGGUAAAUGGGAUGUUAGUAUAACAAAUUUUAUUGAAAUUAUUCAAACACAAUAUAAAAAUAUUUGUAUAGAAAAAUUAAAUAUAAAGACAACAGACUCUUGUAUAUUACCCCCUCCUAUAGCAUUUAUUAACGGGACAAGAUAUAUUGACACAAAUACCGAAAAAUUACAUAUUUUAAAUAUUAGUUCAAAAGGGCUUCCACCUUAUUUAUAUUUAAAUCCUAUAUUUUAUUGGACAUAUGGAGCUGUUUGGACUUUUAUUUUAUAUUUUAAAAUAGAUUAUUGUAUUUUAUAUGAUCAUGGAUAUUCUUCUAUAGGCUCUAUGAACGAUACUAUUAAAAACGAAUUUUUAAAAUGCAAUGAUGGUUAUUUACCUGCUUAUUUUUUGAAAAAUUGGGAAUAUGAAAGAUAUAAUAGAUUAUUUCAUAAAAAAAAAUAA